UCAGUCGGGUCCGGUUUUACCAGAACUCAGCUUAAAGGCAGCACUGUUUUCAAGUAAGAGAUGUUUGGAUGUGCAUUGCUGCAGCUGAUGAUGCUGGCAGCUCUAACUCUGGCCUCUCUGGGCCUGCUGGCCUGGGCGUCGGACCUCUGCCCGGCCCGCUGCCAAUGCUCUGAGAACCAAACCACUGUUACAUGUCAUGGUAAAGGACUGAGCCAGAUACCCCCACUGCCAGCAGGAACAUUGCAGUUGUUCAUCUCGCACAACAAGAUCAAGGAGAUACCUGAACACGGGCUGAACGAACUGCAGGUCCUGGACCUCAGACAGAACCAGCUUUGUAGCUUUCUAAAACUCAACCCAGUUUGGCCCAGUAUGACCCAGUUAACAAGGCUGCUCCUUCGUGACAACGCUCUGACAUCACUGCAUUGGGGGCAGUUCCUAAACUGUCCCUCUCUUGUCUUCUUGGAUCUGAGUAAGAACCGGAUCAAGCAUCUAACAGAAGGAUUCCUCAGCGACUUAGCUAGUCUAAAGACGCUGCUUCUGAGCCACAACCAGAUCGAAACGCUGCAGGAGGGGGUGCUGGAUGGAGCCCUCGGACUCACUGAGCUCUGUCUGGACUUUAACAGUUUAAGGCAAAUAGAGGGUGGCGUCUUCAUGAAAUCCAAGAGACUGGAGAAGCUUGUUCUGUCUAACAACCAGAUCAUACAAGUUGGAGAAGCCACUUUCAGAGGAGCAGUGGGUCUUAAACAUCUUGAUCUGAGUGGUAACCGGCUGCAGGCUGUUCCAUCGGAGGCGCUGAGGGAUUUAAAGAAGCUUCAGCUUCUGAAUUUGGGGCUAAACCAUUUGUUCACCCUUCCAGCAGACGGCUUCCCCUCACUGACUCAGCUGCUUCAUCUCUGCUUGAAAAGAAACAACCUGACCAGUCUCCCGGAGAGCUCCCUCUCAGGUCUGGUUAAUCUGAGCGAGCUGGAUCUCAGUCAAAACUUUCUAUCUUCUCUUCCUUCUGAUGUUUUUAGAGACCUGGUCAACCUCAACCUUCUGGAUCUGUACAUGAACCGACUGACAGAACUUCCCCCUGAUGUUUUCAGAAACUUAAUCAAUCUGUCAGAGCUGCGGCUGGAUGGAAACAACAUCUCCACACUCCCGUCUGGGGUUUUUCACACGCUAGUCAAACUACAAGACUUAGAGUUGUCUCAUAACCACAUCCUGGAACUCCAUCCUGCCCUGUUCACCAACCUCAUGUCUCUGCAGAACCUUCAACUGGCUCACAACCAUCUAAAGCAACUUCCUGAGGGCCUUUUUCACAAGCUGCAGGCCCUCAAAGAGCUGCACCUGGAUGAUAACCACAUCAGUUCCCUCCACCCAUCAGUCUUCCAUGGAUUAAUGAGAGCAACCACAGUGAGCCUCUCCAACAACCAGCUUUCAUCUCUACAUCCUGACCAGUUCAGGGAUCUUUCUGGGUUAAAAGAGUUAAAAUUGGAUAGAAACCAGAUUGUUAAACUCCCCUCUAACUUGUUCACCACUCUUGGAAAACUUGCAACACUAGAUAUGGGCAACAAUAACCUCACUAAGCUGUCUUUCCACAGCUUUGAAGGGCUGAAGAAACUUAAAAAUCUGCGAAUGAGCUUCAAUCCGCUUCAGAGUGUUUAUUGCAACGCCUUCCAGAACCUCGGCAAGCUCCGCACUCUUCUGCUGCAGAGCAACAGCCUGGAGAGCUUACAUCCGGAGCUCUUUGAACCACUAACUAAGCUAAAAGAACUGAACCUGGAUGGAAAUAAGCUGGCCCACCUGGAUCCUGGGGUCUUUCAAGGGCUUAAAGACCUCCAGGAGCUAAGCCUAAAGUCAAACCAGCUUAGGUCCCUGCAGAAAGAGACUCUGGACCCUCUAAAAGGAUUGAAAAGCAUCUACCUCUCAGAUAAUUUGUGGAAUUGCACAUAUAGCAGUAUAUUCUACCUAUGCAACUGGGUCACCGUGCACAGAGAAAAAGUGAGCGAUAAGCCCGCCUGUUACUCCCCCUCCAGGACUGAGCGCCCUCCUCCCCCACAGUCACCGCGCUUCUUACUGGAUUACUGUGCUGCAGCUGCUGCACGAUGCCCUGCUUUGCUUCCUCUAGAACUGCUGAGCGUGCUCGCACCUUCUCUCAUUGCUGCCGCCUUCUGUCACCUAUGAAGUGGUCCAAACUUUCCGUACGCCCUCUUCCUUAUUU